GAGAGGAGCAGGAGCAAGGAUAAGGGUAGGCACAGGAGUAGGAGCAGAGAAAGGAGAAGGAGGAGCAGGAGCAGAGAUAGGGGUAGAAAGAGAAGCAGAAGCAAGGAUAGGGGAAGGCACAGGAGUGGAAGCAGGGACAGGGAAAGGAGGAGGAGUAGGAGCAGAGAUGGAAGAAGCAUGAGCAGAAGCAGAAGCAGAGACAGGAGGAGAGGAAAGGAGAGGAGCAGCAGAAGUAGGAGCAGGGAGAGGAGGGAACGGUGGGAGCGGAGAGAGGAAAGAGAGAGGGAAUUGGAGCGAGGGGGGUCGGGGUGGAGGGGUGAAGGGGCGGAGAUGCUAGGGAUUCCGAGUUGGGGAGAAGGCGUGGAAGGUGGAGGGAGAGGAAGAGGCGUGAGAGGGAGGGGAGGGAGAGGGAGAGGGGGGGGAGGGGGGAGGGGAAGGGGAGGGGAAGGAAGGGUUUACAGCUUCAGAGCUCAGCCAAGCGCUGAUGCUGGUGCGGAGGAGGGACCACCUGGGUUCAAGCAUGGGCAUUCAGUGGGGGAAGGGUUGGCGGGAGGACAAGGGGAAGGGCUUUUGGUAGGGAAAGGGCUAGCGGAAGAGCAAGUGCGAGGGCGAGAAGAAGGGCGAGUGGAGGGACGAUCGGAAGGGAAAUCACAGGGGCAGGAGCGUUUGUACGAUGGAUGGGGGUCAGGAGAAGUCGGUUCAGAGGGGUGGGGAGGAGCAGGGGGGAGUUGGGGGAGAGAAGGGGGAGUUGGAGGGGGAAGUGGAGGUGGUUGGGGAGGGGGUUGGGGGAAAGGGGGUGGUCAGGGGGAAGGAGAAGGGGGAGGAGGAGGGUGGGGCGGAGGUAGUUGGGCAGGGGAAGGGGAAGGUGGGGGCGGUUGGGGAGCAGUAGGAACAGGUAGUUGGGGGGAAGGGGGAGGAGCAGUAAGGGGAGAGGGAUGUGGGGACAGAGGUGGUUGGGGAGGAAAAGGGGGUGAUGACGGUUGGGGAAGGCUAAGGACAGGGGCUUUGGGGGAAGUGGGAGGUGAAGGGGGAGGAGAAGGAAGAGGGGGAGGGGGAGGCAGAGGUAGUUGGGGAGGAGAAGGAGGGCAAGGGUGGGGUUCAGAAGCAGACGGAAAGAAAGGAGGAGCACGGCGACAGAAUGUCAAGCAGGAGAUUAGCCCCUGGGACGCGUGGGAGGGGCGUGGGAGAGGAAGGGACGAGAGCGUGUGUGAUAGGGAAGCAGUGCAUGGAGGAAGAGGAAUUGGAGGAAGUGGGGUACAAGGAAGAGGAGAUAUAGGAGGGAGAGGAAGAAGGGGAGGAAGAGGAGGAAGGGGUGGAAGAGGAGUAAGAGGUGGGUUAGGAGGAGGAAGAGAGGAUUGGAUAUGGAAGAGGUAG